GCUCAAUCGCAACCAUGAUGAACUGGUAUGCAAUCGAUUCGGUCGAUCUCGAGGCCACCCGGCAUGGCAUUGUUGUCCGGUACGACCGAAAGGAAUCAUGUUUUGGAGGCUCGAAGGUCCAGACCGGAUAAAGAACAUCUUUAAGAAUGGGAGGUACAAGACACAAGAACUUCGGCCCGUGAAUAGAAAAAGAUUCACUCGACAGAUGAAAAGGUGAGCGGUAAAGCUUUCAAAUUAGCCGUCGGGAGAGAAGAGCUGCGCAAUCCACACGACUGGAAACGAGAGCAAAGGGCUCAAACUGCCUCAGAACAAAGCGCUCGCCGCAAUGGAGACCGUGCGCGCCAUGGCUCUAUCUGGCUCCGUGAGUUGUAGCAUCAUAGCAUCGUCGAGGACUUCCGCGGUCGCUUCAUCCUCGACUCGUGCACGAACAUCAAUUUCGUCCGCUUCUUUCUUCCUCCGUGCCCCGAACGCAGCAAGAAGUCACGCAAGGCGCAUCGGCCUGAAUGUGGUGGCCCAAGCGCAAUCGGAGGACACCGAAAGCGUGGGACCUGUCGGCGUGGGAGCAAUCGCAGGCGGUCUCGUGGCGGUGCCCGUGGUGGCCUGGUCGCUGUACACGCUCAAGACCACGGGCUGUGGCCUGCCCCCGGGCCCUGGCGGAGCCAUCGGCGCAUUGGAGGGCGUGAGUUAUCUUGCAAUUCUGGGCGUGAUUGGGUGGUCCAUCUACACGAAAGUGAAGACCGGCGCUGGCCUACCGAACGGCCCUUUCGGCCUUCUUGGCGCGGUUGAGGGUCUUUCUUACCUCGCUUUCUUGGCCAUUCUGGUGGUGUUCGGCCUCCAGGCUCUGGAUUAUGGCUUCAUUCCAGGCCCUUUGCCUGGAGAGCAAUGCUUCGGCUAAAUCUUGUUUUCGUUCCGUUCUUGAAUUGCCUGCAAUUCAAGAAGAUAAUCCGAUACCGAAACCUUGCAAGAUUCUGCUUUUGUGAGA